AUGGCUCCAUCACCUCACCAGGAGCAAUCGCAACCCGUUGCUGACACAGACCCUCUUCCGUCCGGGGGGGAAGAGAUCAGAAGCCAGGCCGAAUCCCAAGAAGAUGCACAGCUCUUGAAAUCCAUGGGCUAUAAGCCAGUUCUUCAUAGAACAUACACAUUAGUCGAGAAUUUCUCGACGACAUUCGCUGCCCUUUACUUUGUCGGAGGUGUGCGCACCACCUUUAGUACCGGUAUUGCAGCAGGCGGUAACUUGGCUUAUUGGACGAGUUAUCUCGUUACGUUGGUUUUCACAUACAUCACCGCUGCCGUCAUUGCGGAAGUAUGCUCUGCCUCUCCGUCUGCCGGCUCCAUCUACCUCUGGGCCGCGGAGGCUGGAGGUCCUCGUUUCGGGAGACUCCUGGGCUUCGUGGUUGCUUGGUGGAGUACUACUGCCUGGACGACCUUUUGCGCUAGCAACACCCAGGCUGCUGUCAACUACAUGCUGUCGGAAUUGACUGUCUUCAACUGCGACUUCCCGAAAGAUACGUACAGCAUGAAGUUCCGCGCAGUCCAGUGGAUCUGCACCGAGGUGCUUUUGGCAAUGGCUGCACUUCUCAACUACCUGCCGCCUAGGGCCUUCAAAUGGGUUUUCUGGGGGUCAUCCGCGAUCGUCUUGUUGGAUUUCUUGCUCAACGUUAUCUGGCUGCCGAUUGGAGCCGCCCACACUUGGGGAUUCCGGACCACUGAGGAAGCCUUCAUGUCGACUUACAAUGGCACUGGUGCCCCUGCGGGAUGGAACUGGUGUCUCUCCUACCUCGCCACGGCUGGUAUCUUGAUCGGUUUCGAUGCUUCCGGUCACGUCGCCGAAGAGACCAAGCAUGCUUCUAUAACCGCGGCUCGCGGUAUCUUCUGGAGUACCGUCGUCAGUGGAAUCGGAGGACUGGCCACUAUCAUCCUGUUCCUCUUCUGCGCCCCCGAUGCCGACACCCUCCUUUCCUUCGGCUCUCCCCAGCCCUUCGUGCCUCUCUACGCCGUCGUCCUCGGUAAAGGCGGCCACGUCUUCAUGAACGUGAUUUGCAUCAUCGCCCUGUGGCUGAACACCGCCAUCGCCAUCGUCGCCGCAUCCCGCCUCGUCUUCGCCGUCGCCCGUGACGGCGUCCUCCCGUUCUCGGGCUGGGUCUCGAAAGUCAACAACGGCCAGCCCCGCAACGCCGUCAUCGUGGUCUGGGGCGUGUCCGCAAUCAUCAGCUGCACCCUUCUCCCGUCAGACGUGGCAUUCACCUCACUCGUCUCCGCCGCCGGCGUCCCCAGCGCCGCCGCCUACGGUCUCAUCUGUCUGGGCCGACUUCUCUGCACGCCCAAGCGAUUCCCCAAGCCCGAAUGGAGCCUGGGUCGUUUCAGCAAGCCGUUCCAGUUCAUCGGCGUCUUCUGGAACGGCUGGGUGGUUGCCGUGCUGUUCUCGCCGUACGAGUUCCCCGUUACGGGUGCAAACCUGAACUACGCCCCCAUCAUCAUGGCCGCGGUGACCAUCUUCGCACUAAUCUCCUACUUCGUCACCCCCGAAAGCGCCUGGUUACCCAUCGACCGUAUCUCGCAUUUCAUCGACAGCAAGGGAGCGCAGGAGACCGUGGAUGAGGUCGAGGUUCACCACCACCACCACCACCACCACCACCAGCAGUCUGAAGCUGAGGCCAGCGCGUCACAGUCAUAG